GAGCAGUUUGAUGUGGCCAGCGUGUGCUCAGAAACACGGAGUUCCGGAGCCGGGGAUAUCUGCAGAAAGGAGAGAGAGGACACAACACAGAGCACCAAGCGACUGAAUGCCCGAGAAGGAAAUGUAGCCGAAGGGGAGAGUUUGUAGAUAAGGGACGCAGUAGUGAUUAUAUGGUCGCACCUGUGUUGAACUUCGGCCUCCACAUUGACACUGCCAUGGAGGAACACUUGAUCUGUUCACAGUUAAACUGUUAUAAACUGCGAGCUACAUUUUAAGAUGUAGAAGACGUCUACUGAAGGAUUACCCAACCUUUUGGGAUAGGAUGUCAACUAGUGACGCAGGAGACUUGGAGCUCAGACUUGCAGAAGGAAAGAGAGCUACAGCACAGCACGAACAGCUGGAAGCUUGAAUGAACCACAGAAUGCUGAGACCGAGGACUGCAGCUGCCAGGUUAACAGACAAACGUCACCAUCAGACAACUCCAUAGAGACAGCCAGUGCCAAUCCAUUAUUGGAGACGACAUCAUUUCCAGCUGAGAAGGAAGACAAGGUUAUCUCAGUUUGUUAUGAACUGGAGUCUGCCAGUGACUUAAGUAUAAAUCACAGUUUCUCAAAUGGUGACUCUGGACCACAGGAGCAUAUCACAUCCAUGCACAUAUUUUCAUGGGAGUCACAACCACAAGGGGAUGUCUCUGGACUAGUACAGUUGGGAGAAGAUAUACAGGACCAUACAAAGCUUGAGAACCAACAGGAUCUUGAGGAUGCUACUGUAACCAUGUUGUCUUCAACUGUUGUAACAGUUCUUGCACCACACUGGAGUGGCCGACUACGACGGACCAAAAGAUUUGAGGGAACUGGCAACUCAGAAGCCCAGGGGAAUUUACAGGAUUUGACAAACACCACAGCAAACCAUGUAGAUGAGUGCUUUCAGGACCCUCAAAACCAACAUCAAGAGGACAGGAUGUUGACAGGCGAAUCGCAAACACCAUCAAGGGUCUCAUUUCUGGGUACCAGGAGGAAUACAGUGGACUGGUCAGCAAACAGUGGUCCUGCAAGCUUGGACUAUAUACCUAAGAGGAAAAUGACUCAAGCUGUCUCUUUGGAUGUAAACUCUGGAAGGACAGACAGCAGAAAGAAAGAUGCAGGUACUUUAAGCCCUGAAGCCAAAACUGCAUCUUCAGUGUCUCCCCUCUCCCAUGACCUAAAUGAACAAAGGAAAAUUUCACAAACUGGUAAUCAACAAGGAGCUGUAAGCUCAAAACCAACAACUAGCAGUCUUCUACUCUCUUUAAGAAGAUUCAACUCCAAUGGGAGGAGCUGUAAUGCAGCUUCCACUUUCUCUGAUGUAAACCCUUUGUCUCUGAGCAGUACACCAGUUGAUCAAGGUGGAGAAUUGGUGACAGCACACACCUCUCAAACAUCUUUCAAUAAUAAUGAGCAAGACAGGCCAAAACCCCUCCUCUCUUUAUCGUCCAUUUGUUAUAGGGCAACUGAAGCCGGUCCUGUUGUUUCCCCGUCAUCCUCCAGUCACAGGGAAAGGAACACUUCUGAAAAAUGCUUCUUUUCAAAUUCACUCAAAGACACAGAAGACGCCCUCUUUAUCCAGCAACCUACAUCAGUAAGCAAAACUCAGCCUAGUGAUACAUGUUUAAAACAUUCAUUUCUAGGUAAACUACCUCCUGAGAGGCAUCAUACAACUAUAGAUUUGUUCUCAGAGAACUCAGGCUGCUUGCCCAGACAUUCCCAAAAUAAUCAGGCUGCCCUCCUAAAAACCCACUCUCCUCCUAGAAGGGCCACUUUGGCAUCCACUUCCUGGUGGAAAAAGGUUACUCAGGAAGCCAGUUCCCCUUUAUCUCCUAGUGAUACAACUGACAUCAAUGACAAGCCAAGCACACCUUUUGGUCCACCCUGUAAUGAUUAUACUGACUUGGCCUCUUUAAGUACAACUGACAGCAAAAUGUUGGGUAGUCAGAUCUCUAACAGAGACAACAAUAACACAACAGAGUUAGUUUGCAAAGGCAAUAUAAACCUUGCUAUGAAAACGCAGGAAGGUACUCACAACCUCAGACAAAUAAAUGCAAAGGAUUCACCUGACCAUGAAUCAGGCAGGCUUGUCAAACAGCAGUUUGGCUACAAUUUAAACAACAGAGAAUCACAAAAACCUCAUAGUUUGCCUGAUGUUUUGCCUGAUGUUUUGGCAAGUUCAUUGCAUCAGUCUAAAGACCUCAACAAGCUUAAUCAAAAUAAUAGUGCAUUUACAGCUACCUUGCCAAAUUUCAAGAGUUCAAAUACACCCACUGAGAGCUACAGCAAAUACAGUAAUAAUUAUUGCUCAUCCACAACCAGCUGCAUCCCAGCAUCUCCUCACAAGGAUGCUGAAAAGUUAGCCAAACAGUCAAGCAGCAAUCGAGCUACCUUUGGUCUCCCCCCAAUCUCAAACACAAAGACUAGUUCCCCCUUCAGUACUCAUUCACUCUCUAAUCAAGCCAAUAUUCAUACUUUAUCAUAUGUUGGCUUUUCUUCCCAAACAUCCAAAUUCACCAACUCAGCCAAUACCAUACCUCUUGGUUUUGAAAGAAGCAGUGCCUCCAUUCUCACAGCUUCUGACCCUAAAACAGUUUCCACCAAGAUUCCCACUAGCAGUGCUGUUUCAAAAGCAAACUACAAUCUCAUAUCCAGCAGCCCUCCUGCAGCCACAGCUUCCCCUGUCCCCUCUUUUACCACAAUCACCAUCUCCUCUUUCCAAACCCCCCCCGCAACCCCAAUCAUGACCAGCCACAACUCAGAAAUACCUAGCUAUAAGGAAGGUAGGGCAUUCUCAGGCAGAACAGAAAGUGGCCCAAAGAAACUGCAGGUUGAGGGAAAGGGAGUGAGACGAGUAACGUGGGGCGACUCAGUGGAUCUGCUGCAUUUUGAGCCUAUCACAGUGGAGAAGCCAGAUCCGUCUGGAGUCCCAGCAAGUCCUCUUUCUCUCCCCAGGUCUCCCGUCAGUGUUAGAGCUCCAUCAAUUUUCUCAUUUCUAAGAUCAGACAGUCCAACCAAAACUAAAUCUCCUCUUUGCUCCCCUACCCCCAAAAACUCCAACAUACAGGUGGGGAAAGGAGGGAAAUAUCGAUCCUUAUCAUCUGGCUCUGUAGAUUUAACAUCCAAACAUCAAGAAAUAUGUAAGCAAAAAACUAGUGACAAUAAGAUCUUUGAUCACAGAACACGGGACUUAACUACAACCAGGCAGGAGAGGACGCAAUCAGUGGAGUCAGGCAUAUUCCAGCACUGUCCUUCUGCUCCUCUCUCCCUCCCUCCUGACUUUUCAGGUGGUUAUAAAGUUCGUUAUAGCUCCACGCCUUACUCCACUCUUAUGUCUAGCAGGUCAACACAAGGAGAAACUAAGACUAUAACACUCAUAUCACCCCUCUUUCAGCAAGCCUGCCAGUCAGUUUAUAAUCCACAUCCUUCCUUACAAGGUGAACCACUUGCAGGUAUGAAUUUGCCCACAUCCAGACCCCCUCUAUUGCCUACCAGCCCACACCAGCCCUUAACACUGCCUUUUCAAAACAAAACUGUCAUGCAAGAAAGUUUAAGUUGUGGGGUUUCAGAAAUUGAUCAGAUCAAUAAUAAUCAAAGCAAGAACAGCAGCCAAGAUCACCAGAAUGGCCAGAUAUUUCUUGUUGACAACAAAGUUCAUAUGAACUCUCAGCCUCUGAGGGGUGAUAAGGCACACAACUCUUUCUCUGCAUAUGUAACUGAGACAUUGAUUUACAGCAUUAAAUCUAAAGUAGAUACAGCUGCAGCUGCCACAAAGAACAAUGCACUUAAAUCUUUGCAACAUACUGAAAACACAUCGGUUUCUGUGGAGAAACAGCUGCACACAGUGCAGAGUAACGCAGUGGAAGGUAAAUCACAUAGUCGUUCAGAUGAGAGCUGUAGCGGUAGCAGUUCAACAGAGACUAACUCUCGGGAUGAAGAAGGCUGCAACCAAAGAAUCAAAGAAUGUGUACUGAGUAAAAGCUCUAAUGAGCAAAGCCCAAAGAGAAGCCGGUUUCCCCUGAGAAAAAGCAUCAGUACCCAAAACUCCAGUUUAUCAAGGUCAGACUCAGACAGGACCAACAAGACUAACAACAAAAUGGAUCAGGUUCUUAACAGACUGAGACAAACAUUCAGCAAUAGACGGUCUGAUGAUGACCUGUUUCCAUGGAAAUGGAAGCGAGCCUCCCAAGCAACUGGGAGUGGAUCAAAUGACAUCAGCAGUGUCAGUGAUGUUACUGUAGAGAGUACUAAAACACUUGAGGAGUGUGAGGAAAAGAGGGGUAUGGCACUGAAGGACAAAGAAACAGCGUGCACAGAGAGAUGGACACAGAACAGAUGUACUGUUAUACCACCCCCAGUGGCAGGAGAGCAGUUCUUCAUUGGGUCAGACAAAUCAGCUCCCGAAACUUCCAAAGAUGAACAAAAUGUUUGUACAGAGAAUGAGUCUGAAAAUAAAACCCAAGUUCAUCUGACAGGACACAGUCCAACAAUGUACCAGUCUGACUUUUCCAAAGAGAGCAGGACAGAUUGUAAACCAAGAAAUCAGUUCCUAUUAUACAGAGAUCCCAGUCCUGGAAGGAGCGCUAACCCAUCUGGUGAUUAUCCUACUCGGUUAAGGUCCACAUCCAGUCCCAGGAGCCCUUUCUUGUCUCUUUCGCCUCUUUCUCCAUUUUCCCUGCCUGAUGUAACAGACGAUAGUGUCUUCUACAGCCCAAAGCUGCAGCAUCGCAGGGAGUUCACUUCACCUUGUGAACCAGAAGAGAGAAUCUGUCUGGGAGCUUCAAGAAGAAAUCAUGUAUCCACUGAUCCUAGGAGUGCAGGUCUAGGACAGGACAAGGAGCACUUGGCAUCCUCGUAUGCAGAUUUAAAGUAUGGCAUUGAGCCUGGGAGAUCAGUUUCUGUGAGUUCGGUACUCUCCAGCCGACCCUCAGGGCCUGGUCGCAUCUCAACUGGAUCCAAAUUCAUGAGUGUUGGUGACCUUUCUGAAUCCUCCUUGACUUGUGGAGGUACUAGCAAAAACUUGGAUCAGUGGCUUUUCACACCUGAUUGGGCCACUGACUGUGACAGCCAGCACGCUGAUUCCUGUAGUGGUAAAAUGAGAUCAAGGUCACUUCCUCGAUCACUCACCAGGCGUUUGGCAAACUGGAGCUCGGGAGUGUCCAUUUCUCAACCUGUAAUUACCACAGCCUCAAAGCCAGCCUGCCUUUGGAGCCCUAACAUGAAAAAUUGUCAUUUUGCAUGGGAUACAGGUCCCCCAACACCUCCUCCAACGCCCCCCCUCUCCCCAUCAUCCAGACUCAUGUUCAAAUGCCUUUCCUCUUCUAUGGUUCCCAGCUCACCAGGAGCACAACAGCCAGUGGACAGCCAAUUUUCCAGAGGGCAUUUGCCUUCCAGAAGUUAUGUCGCAAGCCUUAGCACCUUUGAGGAGUCAUCAGACAGCAGCUCAGACACAACAACAGAUGAUGAAUAUUACUUGGAAACAGGUGAAGAUGAAAAGGAGACAGAACUCUGAAAGUAGAGCAGCUGUUUAAAAUAAAUUUUCUCAGUGUCUUCGAUCCUGGACUUAACAAUAUAGAAAAAGGAGCUACAUCCACAAGAACAAUGGUUAGCUAUUAACACUCAGGUACCUUAUUUGCUUGUCUUCUGCUUUCUCAUUGCUAUUUUAUUAGAAGGGAGACACAAGGUCAGUUAGGAAGGUUUGUUUGCUUGCAUCAUUGGCUUUUCAAAAGUAGUGGUUGCUGUCAUAUUAAAGGCUUUAAAUGAGCAAGCAUUGUAGUAUGGGUUAGGGUUAACCCAACAUACCUUUAGAGAUUUUUUUACAAGUAUAUGCAGUCAUAUGUACAUUCACAUCUGCAGUGUAAGGAUAAGAAUUAACUAUUGUUCAGUAUUAGUUUGGACAGUUGCAUGACAUGAAUAAGAGAUGUACACCUCUGCUGAAGUUUAUGGUUUGAUUCUGGACAUAAGUUUGUUUGCCUUUCAUACUGCUACCUAAGUGCUGAGGUAAUGUGGAUAAAUCGUAUAUUUCAUAUUUCAUCAUCUGUGUUCUUUUGUUUGAAGAUUGAUUGGUAAAUGUCAGUGUAAUACAGACACAAUUUAUUUUCCUCGCCAUUUUUAUACAGGCAUAGUGUUGCUUUAAAACAGGGGUUUUUAACCAGUGGUCUCCGGCCCCCACAUGGUCCACAAAGACAUUGCAGGCGGUCCCUGACCAUGCAUUCAGUGAUGUAGUUUGUGCACACUUUUCCAUGUAUUAAUUAUUGUUUGUGAAUAAUCAAAUUCAUGCAAAUACAUAAAAUUUAGAAAAAGCAAAGGUCACUUU